AUGUUAAAACCAAAAGAUACAAAUGGACAUAAAGAUGGUCUCAUAAUAUCUUUACAUAGUGAAAAUACACCAGUCGAUGAUAAUUUAAAAAUGACAUCAUCGCCUGCUUCUAUUAUUGAAAAGCAAAAUGAACAUUCAUCUGAUAAGACACUUGAUUCGUAUGCUAAUGAAGAAUCGUCCGAUGAUUUAGAUGAACUGAAUGUUGAUGAACAAAUAUAUCAAGAUUCAGAUGAAUCAAAACUGGAAUUUAUUUCACAAUGGAAAUUAUCCAAUUUAACAUUUGACAAUUUGUUGAAACCUGACGUGAUUGAUCAACAAUUCUUAUCCGCUUAUGAUUGGUUAUUAAAUCCAACAACAACAGAUGACAAUGAAAUACCACAACCACCAACACCGUCUUUCGCAUCUUUCUUCUAUAUAGUCGUUGCUGUAUCACAAUCACCAUGUCCUUCCACAAGAAAUCCGACUCGUUCAGAUGCUGACUUGGUCAAGUUAUUUCGUUCGAUCAAUAAACAACAGGUCGAUUCGAACACACAAGAACAAGAAAUCAAUCAGUAUGUUCAAGAGAAAAUGAAUCCAUCGGAUAAAUAUUACAUGCCAAAUAUCGUAUUAUCAGAUUUGGAAUCGUGUCUCGUUGCUCAUGAUUUAACAAAGCCGAUGAUUGAUGAGUCUACUGUGAGACAAGGAACUCAUAUUUUGAAUUCAAUUAUUCAUCGUGAUAAAGAAAAAGAAAUUCAAACUCUUCAUCCCAUACCAAAUUUUAUAGUCAAAUUAGAACAUACACCAAGUGAGUUAUUAUAA